CUCCGACCCUCCGGUUCCAAUCCGGACGCGAGGCGACGCGAGAGGAGAAGCGAGGAAACGGCGCGGCGGCGCACCGACGUCAACGGCGACGGCGACCGCUUCCCAUCCGACGUCCACGCUCUCCGCCGCCUUCUCGCCGCGGAUAAUCAGUUGAUAUUCCCAAAUGUCGAUGGAUUGCUACCAGAGGGACCGGAGGAAGGCGAAGCUAGAUUGAUUAGUGAUGAAGUCCUGAAAAGAAUGUGCUUAAUCCUGAAAUAUAUUACUGUUCAUGCUUAACUAGAUAGAAAUAUGCAUGAUGUUCUGAAUUCUGAUGAAUGAUGACAGCAACUGAAUAUGGUGAAGAAUUGUCAUGAUGCUAUUCAGGGUGUUCCCUGUCUUUCCAUUUGGGAAUUUUGGUUAAUUAACUCCUGCAAUAUACUAUUACUGUUAGAAAUUAGAAAUGUGCGUGAUUCUGAAUUCUAAUGAGUGAUGACAUUAACUGAAUGUUUUGAGUUCUGAAUCACUGGAUCUGAUCGAUCGACAAUCCACGGCAGCUUGAAUGGCUUCAUUCCAUUCCAGGUCAAACCGAACACAGAUUUUUGAAGAGGUGGAUUGAAAAAAGGAAUGGAUUCAAUCCACAGGUGGUUCCAGUGAAUCCACCCGGAUCCACUGAAACCUGGCCUGGAUCAAUUCCUGGCCUGGAUUGGAAACAUGCGUGCCGAACAAGGCCUAAACUUAUAUUUGUUCUAUGCAUCUCAGCCCGCUUCUCCUCUACCGGCCCAGCCCAGCCCAAUACCAGUUGGAGACUUUUUCAAUAACAGAGUGGGAGCAAAGCAGAGAUGGCGGGAAGGGCGUCUCGCGUCUCCGACUCCGAUUCUGAUUUGAACACGCCAAACGCCGGCUAUAUAACUUUCGCACCCCCUCCUCCUCUGCACUCUCAUCAUCUCGCGUUCACUUCUGAUCACCUCGCGCUUGUUCUUUGGAAUAUAUUGCUCUCUCGAUCGAUCGGCCUCUCGCUCGAUCCAACCAAACCUCAACCGCAGUCGUCGCCGAUCCACGAUUGCUAGAUUGUUUCCACCGCGCCACCAUGCCUUCCAUGAUGGUGCGGUCCGCCGGCAUCAAAAGGCUCCGCCGUGAGAUGGAGAGCAGGAGAAGAAGAUCACCGGAGCUCGCGCCGACAGGACGCGUCGCGAAGAGGUCCUCGACGCCUCCUCCACUUCAUCCUUCGCCUGACGACGAGCGCUCCGCCGACGUCCUGGCCAUGCCGGCGCCGCCUCCCGUGCCCGGUCGUCCCGCGACGUCGGCCGCCGCCGCUGCCACCGCCAACGAGCCGACGCCGACGAUCGAGAAGGGCACGCAGGUGAGCGUGCGCACCCGCGUAGGCAAGAUCAGCGUCACGGGCCACCAGACGCGCCACCUCGUGCUCCGGCUCGACGCGGUCGUCGUCUCCGCCGACGAGGACGGCUUCCUCGACGUCGUCUACAAGGUCGGGUUCCCGCACGACGAUCCCUUCCGCCCCGUGCGCGUUGCCAGGGGCCAGGUUCAGGUGAUUCUGCAGCCUGCAGCCGCGGCGCCGUCCGUCGACUCCUCCACGGCCACCGACGCCGCCGUGCGCCGCGCUCCAGGCCAUGACCACGCGCGAAGUCGAAGGACAAGUGUACUGCCCGGAAGACCGACGGUCGCCGGCAAGUCUCUGCGACUGCUGACGGCGGAGGAGAGGAAGAGAGCUAGCUGGAGCAACUAAUUACUAGUCUUUGGUACUCCCUCUGCUCAGAAUAUAAGGGAUUUUGGGUUUUUGCUUGUAACGUUUGACCACUCGUCUUAUUCAAAAAU